AUGGAGAGAAAGCUUCGUGGUUUCCACCCUCUACCUUUGAUGAAACCCAAGGCACUUCUGUUCCUGAGUGUGCUACUUCUAGCUAAAUCGGGAGAUAUUGAGGUCAAUCCUGGUCCUUGCGCACCAAAGCACCCAUGCCAGAUCUGCGAUCGAGCUGUCACAUGGAAACAUAGAGCAGUUUCCUGUGAUGAUUGCUUACAGUGGUACCAUGUGGAUUGCAUGCACCUGUCCAGUGCUGUCUACAAUGUUUUUGGAAAUUCUAAUGUUUCUUGGCACUGUGUGAAAUGUGGAUUACCUCAAUUUUCUUCGAGCCUGUUUAACAGUGCAACUCACGUGACAUCAAGUAAUGCAUUUGACGCCCUAUCAUCUUUGUCGUCCUCUAACUCUUCUCUCUCUAGUGAGCACCUAUCUGAACCUGGGUCUCCCCGCGCCACAUCAUCUCCUGCCAGAAAGAAAUGCAGAAGUCGCAAAGAAAGGGAGAAAACUGUCUUUUCAACAUUAACAAUCAACUUCCAAAGCAUUCAGAACAAGAAAGAGGAAGUUGGAGCACUGAUAGAUUCUGCCAAUCCGGACAUCAUAAUUGGAACGGAGACAUGGUUAAAACCAGAAGUGCACAGUUCUGAAAUAUUUCCAGUGGGAUACAAUGUCAUCAGAAGGGACCGUCAAGACAGGCCUGGUGGUGGUGUUCUCAUUGCGAUAAAGGACAGCCUUUCAUUUCAACAACUUUCUAGUGAUGUCCAAUGUGAGAAUGUCUUCAUUAAAGUAUCACUGAGUGGACGCAAAUCUCUUGUGAUUGGUGCCCUGUAUCGACCUCCUUCCAGUGAUACUUCGUACUUAGAAGCAGUUUGCUCUCUCGUUGAGCGUAUUUGUGAGCAAAAUAAGAACUCUAUCAUUUGGAUCGGUGGAGAUCUUAACUUACCAGGAAUUGACUGGGAAACCCUAACUUCAGACAGUCAACGGACCCCUGCACAGCUGAGUGGACGCUUCAUUGAAAUGAUUCAUAGUUGUAACCUCCAACAGAUGGUUGAUUUUACAACAAGGAAUGAGAAUAUACUCGAUCUCUUCAUGACUAAUCGGCCUUCCUUGGUAUCUGAAUGCAAACCACUCCCUGGUCUAGGUGACCAUGAUAUUGUAAUGGUCUAUUCCCGCAUCACACCUCAACGGACUAAACCUGUUAAGCGAAAGAUUUACCUCUGGAAACGAGCAGAAGUCCGUCAGAUGAAAGAGAAAUGCAUAUCCUUCAGCAAGUCCUUUACAUCCAGAUUUAACUCUGACAGCUCUAUCUCUGAUAUGUGGUUAUCCAUAAAAUCUAAUCUUCUUGAUAUCCAAGAUCAACAUGUGCCAUCAAAAAUGUCAUCUGUGCGCUACAACCAGCCUUGGAUAAAUACUAAAGUGAAGCGCUUGUCAUGA